CUGCGCAAAGCAUUGGACAAUUAACCAAGUAUGGCCUCGACUUCUCCAAGAGAGGUUCGGGAGCGUAGGACUCUGCGGAGGUCGAGAUUUGGCUGCCGAAAUUGCAAGCUCAGAAAACUCAAGUGCGACGAAGGCAAGCCGCAUUGCAAGAGAUGUAGUUCAUUUGGGGUAUUAUGCAACUUCAUGUCUAACAUUCCCGACCUACAACCCAUCGCCGCUGACACAGGGAGGAGGCCAUUGGUGGUUCGAGGAAAAGCAGAGCUUCAGCCCCCUGUGGCCAGUGCUGUCUGGACGUCUGACGAAUCCACAUUCUAUCAGUUGAACGCAAAGUGUCAAGAUUUCAUCACCCGGUAUCUUGGACGAAGUCUCAUUACCCCAGAUGACCCUAAUAUGAUACAAGUGAAUCGUAAUCUCCUGAGACUAGCCUUCGCCUACCCUUUUUUAAUGCACGCCUCUCUAGCUGUGGCACUUACAUAUGACCGCCACCUGAAUAGCUCAUUGGGCUGUCGUCGCAGCCUAGAAGAGUGCUAUCACUGGUCGCAAAGCACAGCUCUUCUCAACAGGCGGUUAAGAGAACCGAUUGAAGCGAAAGAUAAGGACCCAAUCUGGGGCACUGCGGCUGCUCUGGCUGUCUUGACCUUCUCGUCCCCUGAUGCAUGCACGCCGGAAGAAUCGUGGCCCUUAAAGUCCUCCGACCACUCCGAUUUGGACUGGUUACGUAUGAGCAGGGGUAAAAUGUCACUGUGGCACAUAGUGAACCCGCUACGACCGGACAGUCUUUUCCGCGUCAUGGCGGCGACCUUUGCUCACAUGCAUUCACCCUUGCCAGAGAGGGGCAUAGAUGGUAUACCAAGGGCCUUGGCUGCCAUGUGUCUCCUCAAAGCCUCAUCUACGGCGAAAAACAAUCCGUAUUUCUAUGCCGCCCACGCAGUAUCCCAGAUCCUAGACCUCCCAGAUAGUGAGGUCACAACAGGUCAAACUCAACUCUUCAUGCGCAGUAUCCAUGGCGCUUUCGAAGACUUGCUCCGGAAAAGGGACCCCGUAGCGCUUUUGUUGCUGUAUCUAUGGUACCGCAAAGUAAGUCGCAGUAUAUGGUGGAUUGAACUUAGAGCUAGAGUGGAAUGUCCAUCUAUUUGUUCGUACCUACGGCUAUAUCACAAAGGGAAUGUUGCGGUACAGGCAUUCCUUCAAGGGGAGCUCUCGCCGAUAGAUGGAACUAGUUAG